CUAUUCGAUUUCGACACCCUCUCAUAGCCCUCCAUGCAAAAAAGGGCUUAUCUCACGCGGACAUAUUUUGGGCGCAGUAAAUCCUCUCGCUUCGCCUCUUCCUCUCUGACGAGACCACUGAACGACAGUUUAUUAAGAACCGACGGGAUGGAGACGCUGAGGUAUAAUAAUGCCGCGUUCAUGUGAUAGUCGGAACUGGGAACCUCAAAACUAGCAAACUCGGAAAUGUACGAAUGUCCUAGUUCCGAAUAGUAGUUGAACGCGUUAUAAGAACGGACGGUACCAUACAAUCGGUCACACAUAGUCGCUUAUUUUUGACGUCAUUUUCGGCUGCGACGCAAAAUAUAUAUUUUUCAUUUCGGAAAGCUUUCGGUAAAGGAAGUAACGUUAGCUGGCUAAUACAUCGGGCAAAAAUUAUCCACCGAUCAACAAGUAACGGAGGAUGAAUUUGGAUCCUGGCUGGCUGCUGCUCCUAUCCAUGUCUCUUGAGGUUUGGUCAGUGCCCCUCGACCGCAAUGCAACCCCCCAGGAAGCACAUUCUCCCCAGGAGGACAAACAGGAGGAUAAUGUGGACACAGGCCUAUACUAUGACCGGUAUCUGAGAGAGGUGAUUGAGGUGCUGGAGACAGAUCCCCACUUCAGAGAGAAACUCCAGACUGCCAAUACAGAGGACAUCAAGAAUGGUCGUCUCAGUAAGGAGCUGGACCUUGUGGGGCACCAUGUUAGAACUCGUCUGGAUGAGCUGAAGAGACAGGAGGUGUCUCGCCUCAGGAUGCUGCUCAAAGCCAAACUGGACAGCACCAACACACAGAGUUUACAGAUGGACCAUGCCUCUCUGUUGAAGCAGUUUGAACACCUGGAUCCACACAAUCAGAACACCUUUGAGGCCAAAGACCUUGAGCUGCUCAUCUCAACGGCCACUAAAGACCUAGAGAACUACGAUGCAGAGAGACAUGAUGAGUUCAAACGCUAUGAGAUGCUGAAGGAGCACGAGAGACGGGAGUACCUCAAGGGUCUGGACCAGGAGAAGAGAGAGAAGGAGGAGAAGAGGAUGGAGGAGCUGAAGGAUAAACACCGCAAGCACCCCAAGGUCAACGCUCCGGGCAGUGUAGCUCAACUACGUGAGGUAUGGGAGGAGACUGAUGGACUGGACCCAACAGAGUUUAACCCAAAGACCUUCUUCAAACUGCAUGAUGCGAAUGGAGAUGGUGUUUUAGAUGAGCAGGAACUAGAGGCCCUCUUUGCCAAAGAGCUGGAGAAGGUCUACGACCCAAAGAAUGAGGAGGAUGAUAUGAUGGAGAUGGAGGAAGAGAGGCUGAGGAUGAGGGAGCAUGUCAUGAAGAACGUGGACAUCAAUCAAGAUCGACUCGUCAGCCUGGAAGAGUUCCUUAAAUCAACAGACAAGAAAGAGUUCAACAACCCUAAAGAAUGGGAUACUUUAGAUGACACCAAGCCGGUGUUUACAGAGACUGAGCUCCAGCGGUUUGAGGCGGAACUGCACACCAAGGAGGAGGAGCUGGGUAGGAGGGCGGAGUCUCUUCGUCAGGAGCAGGAUCUGCUGAAGGAGAGGGGCAAGGCCCUGGAGGCCCAGAGACGAGAGUACCAACAGGCAGUGCUAGAGAUGUCUCAGAGGAAGGAGAAACAGGCAGUGCAGGGGCAGCCUCCUACGGGUCCUAACGGAGAACUACAGUUCCACCAAGAGAUGCAGAAACUGGAAGAUCAAGGUGCUAAAGCUCCUGUUGAACAAGAAGUCCAAGAGGCCCAGAAUAACCUGCCUGCAGAACCACCACAGAACCUGCCCAUACACACCUAAUGCAGCACCCUGAUACACAUAGGGUUGCAAUGGGAGGGUAUAUUACUGGAAACUUUCUAAGUUUACCAGUAACCUACCAGAAUUUUUGUAACUUUCAAGGAAUGUAUGGAAUUUUAUCAGAUGACAUCUAUUGUCUUUUUUUGGGACUUCAGAUUAUCACAGGUGUUUGUGAGCAUGGUUACAUGCGCACCAUAAUUUGAUUUUGUUUAAUACAUUUACAUGCUUUGCAAGAAAAAAUGAUUUCCCUAAUAAUCCUGUUUACGUCUGAAAUCAGAUAAAUUCCAAAAAUCAGCAAUCUAAAAAAAUGUUCGACCACAAUGGCCAAACUUUAUAAAAAACGUUUUACUAUAUAUAUAUAUAUAUAGUAAAACAUUUUUUACAUCUGUUUUAGUUCAAGUAUAAAUCACCAAAGCUACCAUAGAUUACCUGUUAUUUACCAAAAUUACAGAGGAUUCCAGUAACUUUGGUAAAAUAGUGGUAGCUGUGCAACCCUAAAUACACACACGCUCUAACAGGAACACAUCUCUUUCACUGACACACAUAUCCAGAUGGGUACAGCAGAUGACAUCAUACAGCACAAGCGCACAACCCCAGUCAGUCAAGCACAUCGUCCCCUGGCACAGUCCCGGUGUUCACCUAUCUUUCUGGUUUACAUUUGAUCUCAAUAAAUUAUUCAACUCACUGGA